AAUUGAUUCAUUCUAAAAACUAGACCAACUCUAAUUGAUUCAUUCUUUGAAACACGCCAUAAAAAGCUGGAAGUGGGUUGGUUUCUUCCUAUUUCUUUUGGACGGAAUGUGAGGAAAAAGGAAAACACAACGAAAUCAUCAACAACAAGGACGUGUGUUCAUUCAUCCCUAUUUCAACACUUCACAGAUUUUGGGAUUUUCCAUCAUUUUCUGAUUUCAAAAAUCUCACCAAUCAUCAACAAUGAAGUUCGGGAAAGAAUUUGCUUCACAGAUGAUUCCAGAAUGGCGAGAAGCAUACAUGAACUACAGCUACCUCAAAACUCUCCUAAAAGAGAUCUUAAUUUUCCGGCAGCAGCAGAUCAGGUAUCCUUCGCCAGCAAAGGCGCCGGUGAAGGCGACGUCGUUGAAGAGAAAGGUGUCGCUUUUCAGAGCCUUCAGCGGAUUAACUAGUCGUUAUGGUAACACUAGUCCUCGAAAAGACGAAGAAGAUGAAGUGAUUCUAGUGAGUGCAAUGCAAGUAGCAGAUGAAGAACAAGGGGAAGAGUUCCGGAGUUACCAGACUACUUUUCUCCGGUCGGCGGAGGAAGGCGGCGAGUUUGAGCUGGUGUUUUUCCGACAACUUGAUCUCGAAUUCAAUAAAGUGAUUCAGUUUUAUCGAGGGAAAGUCGAAGAGGUCGUGAAACAAGCUGAAGAGUUGAAUAUACAAAUGGAUGCUCUCAUUGCUCUUCGAAUCAAAGUCAAUGAUCCUCACGCCAUCCCCCCCUUCAUCAAUGAAAAAACUACAGGUGCGUAUCCAUUGGAGGUGAUUCAAGAGAUCAGCACUAGUGGUGAUGGGAAUGAAGAAGAAGAAGAGGAAAAUAAUAGAUUGGAUGAUCGAAAGGGAUACAAGAUGGCUUCUUUGGAGGUUUUGAAUCACAUAAAAAUCAACGCCACCGCAGAAACGCCGCGAUCCACCGUGAGAAGUGUCUUUCACUUUGGGAGAUCGGAGUUGCAUUACAACAAAAAGGAACUUAAAGAUGCACAAGAGAAGUUGAAGCUGGCUUUUAUUGAGUUCCAUGAAAAGCUUCGGUUUUUGAAGAGCUAUUCCUUCCUGAAUCAAUUAGCAUUCUCCAAGAUAAUGAAGAAGUAUGAUAAGAUUACAUCAAGAAACGCAUCGGAUGCUUAUUUAAAGAUGGUUGAUGAAUCUUAUUUAGGCCAAUCUGAUGAGGUUGUUAAGCUGAUAGAGAGAGUGGAAGCCGCUUUCAUAAAGCAUUUUUGUAACGGGAAUCGACAUCAAGGAAUGGACACAUUAAGGCCCAAAGCCAAAAGAGAGAGGCAUCGGAUCACAUUUUUUGUCGGUUGUUUUUUUGGAUGCUCAUUAGCGCUUAUUGUUGCAAUCAUUGUGCUUGUACAUGCUAGAAAUCUUCUUCAGCAUAGAAGUCGAACUGCUUACAUGAAUACCAUUUUUCCACUAUACAGUUUGUUUGGAUUUCUAGUUUUACAUAUAUUGAUGUAUGCUGCAAAUGUAUAUUAUUGGACUCGUUUUCGAGUAAAUUACUCCUUCAUAUUCGGAUUUAAGCAAGGGACAGAAUUGGGAUUUAAAGAAGUUCUGCUCCUAGGUUCUGGUCUAUCAGUAGUCACUCUUGCUGGAAUAUUAUCAAAUCUUGAAAUGGAUUUGGAUGACAGAACCCAAAGUUACAAAGCUCUCACUGAAUUACUUCCUCUUGGUUUAGUCAUUGUUUUCCUUUUGAUAACAAUCUGUCCAUUUAAUAUCUUUUAUCGUGCAAAUCGUUUCUUCCUUUUAGUCUGUUUAUGGCACUGCAUAUGUGCUCCUUUUUAUCUGGUCACUCUCCCUGAUUUCUUCUUGGCUGAUCAAUUUACAAGUCAGGUUCAACUAUUGAGGAGUUUGCAGUUCUAUGUAUGCUACUAUGGUUGGGGAGAUUACAAAAAGAGGGAUGCAACUACUUGCACUAAAAGCGAUAUUUAUGAUACUAUCUAUAUAGUUGUUGCUGUUGUCCCAUAUUGGAUUCGUGUCCUACAGUGUCUUAGACGAUUGUGUGAAGGGAAAGAUUCGACACAAGCUUUGAAUGCAUUCAAAUACUUCUCGAUCAUUGUAGCUGUUGUUGCAAGGACAAUUCAAACUCAAAUGCUAACAAGGAUAAAUCAAGCUGAAAUACCACAAUUGGAUGGAAAAUAUAUGACGAUAAAAUAUAUUGCUCUAGCUACCUCGAUAUUUGCAACGAUUUUUGCUACAUAUUGGGAUCUGGUGAUGGAUUGGGGUUUGCUAUGUAGGUAUUCUGAGAAUCCAUGGUUAAGAGACAAACUUAUUUUGCCUAAAAAAUCUAUCUACUUCAUAGCAAUGGUAUUGAAUGUGUUGUUGAGACUUGCGUGGAUGCAAACUGUACUAGGGUUCCAUGAAGGUCGUUUCCUCCAUAGAAAUGCAUUAGUUGCAAUAGUUGCAAGUUUGGAGAUCAUUCGUCGUGGUUUAUGGAAUUUUUUCAGGUUGGAGAAUGAGCAUUUGAACAAUGUUGGGAAAUUCCGAGCUGUCAAAUCAGUGCCACUACCUUUUAGCCAUGAGGACAGACAGAAGGAUUUAUAAUUCGUUUUUGAAAUAUGAAUAGAAAGUUGUAAAGAAUUUACAAAUUUUGUUUCUACGUGCAUAUAUAUAAAUUACACAUUGUGUUUCGAUAUAGUAUCCUUUUAUAAACCCUACAUAAUAGGAAUUCUUAAAUGAACACCGCUGAAUAUACUUGUGUAAAUUUGAAUUAUUAAACGAAGACAGC